AUGAACCAAACCGAAAUCUCCGCCGGCGAUAAUAACUCCAAACCGGCCAGAACCGGAUCAGUCUCGCCAGUACCGGAGUGGAUAACCGAGACGGUCAAUGGUGGAACGCUCCGCCUCGUUGAUCUCCAUACCGGAAUCAACGGCUGGGCUUCCCCUCCAGGCGACGUCUUCUCUCUGCGCUCCGCAAGCUACUUCACCAACAAACAGAAAUCUCCCGGCGGAGACUACCUCCUCUCUCCCGCCGGCGUCGACUGGCUCAAAUCCGGUACGAGACUCGAGAACGUGCUGGCUCGUCCCAAUAACCGUGUAGCUCACGCGCUCAGAAAAGCCCAGUCUCGCGGCGAGUCCCUGAAUAGCUUCAUCUUCGCGGUUAAUUACCAUAUUCCAGGCAAGGAGCAAUACAACAUGGUUCUCUAUUUCGCGACGGAAAACCCGAUUCCGUCCGAUUCCCUCCUCCGCCGAUUAAUCGACGGAGACGACUCGUUCCGUAACGAGAGACUGAAAGCGCUGAUCCGAGUCGAGAAAGGUCCCAGGGUAGUUAAAGCGGCCGCCGGGAGCUUCGGCGCGUGCGUUGUGGGUAAGGCUGCGAGGUGUAGUUACCAUAGAGGAUCUAACUACUUGGAGAUCGGUAUCGAUUUAGGCAGCUCGAAGAUCGUGGCGGCGCUUACGCGGCUUAUGUUGGGGUACAUUACGACCCUGACGGUCGACAUUGGUUACGUUGUGGAGGCGCAAAUGGAGGAUGAGCUGCCGGAGAGACUCAUUGGAGCUUAUAGGAUCUGCCAUCCGGAGUUAUCGUCGGCCUUUGUGGUCGACGAGCAGAAUGCUCUGCAACCGCGAAGAAUGAUGGGUUCGGCGAAAGCAAACCACGACGACGACGCCGACGACAAGGUUUGA